CACGGCACUCAGCGCUCCCCCUCCCCCGCUUUGCUGAGGCCCCCCGUUCACCCCUCGGCCGUCCCCCGACCCACGAUGCCUGCCUCUUCCCCGCAGCGCCGGGCCGCUUAGACGUCAGCCCGCGACAAUGGCAUCACUCUGGCCGAGCCAAUCGCAAGUCGCCCUUUAUUAGAGGCCGCACCAAUUCCCAUCAUCGCCUCCUGAUCGCCCGUGGCCUCCAGGCGUUGCUACCUGGGCCUCGGUUACCUUGCCCAGAUCCUCAGUCUUCAACAGCGGCACAUGCCUGGCUCCACGCCUUUAUUCCACACUUGUUGGUCGGACCCUGUGAAUUCAUUCCGUAUAAAGACGUCCGAAGUCUCGCAGCCUACCACCGGGGCCUUUCUCGCUCAAGCGUCCCUCCCGCUCACUGCCUCAACUCAAGAAAACACAGCCCAAACUCGACUGUGCCCACCGACGACACAAUGGCGACUGCGUUCCAUGUCCCGACCGGCCACGUCGGCAACCUCACCUCAGAACAGGAGGAGAAGUUGCGUGACUUCUGGCGAACCGUUUACAAGCUGAAUGACGUCUACGAUGCUCAUGGCGCCCCCAACGGCUCAGCUACCCCAGCCCAGCUCCAACGCACCACAACUGCCUCGUCGCAGCAGUCGCAGUCCUCCCGAUGGGGCCUCUUCCGACGCUCCACCGCCGAGCCGGCAUCUCCUCAGCAGACCGAGGUCAACGCGACGGCGCAAGAGCUGGAUCGCCUGGGCCUGCCUCGGGAACUACAUGAUGUCCUCUCCCACCACACGCCCGACACGAUUCGCUCCAUGGUCAUCGGCGCCGUCAAGCACGAGCACCCGGACUCACUGGCGCUGCGCUUCCUGCGCGCGCGCAAGUGGGAUCUUGACAAGGCGCUGGUCAUGAUGUUCGCCGCCAUGGACUGGCGAUAUCGCGAGGCUAGGAUCGACCAGGACGUCAUUCCAACCGGCGACGGUGGCGCCCUUGAGGCCGGGGAAAAGGGCGAUGUUCUGUCCCGAGACUUCGUGAGGCAGUGCCGCUCGGGCAAGAGCUUCGCCCAUGGCACUGACAGAGAGGGCCGGCCCAUUUGCUACAUCCGCGUCCGCCUGCACAAGUCCUCGGACCAGGUGCCCGAAAGUGUCAAUCGAUACUGCACCUACCUUAUCGAGACGACCCGCCUGACACUGAACCCCCCCUGCGAGACUGCAAACCUCCUGUUUGACAUGACUGACUUCACCCUCGCCAACAUGGACUAUCCCUUCGUCAAGUUCCUCAUCAAGUGCUUCGAGGCAAACUAUCCGGAAUCGCUUGGUGUCAUUCUCAUUCACAACGCCCCAUGGGUGUUCAAGGGCAUCUGGAAGAUGAUCUCAGGCUGGAUGGACCCCGUCAUUCGUUCAAAGGUUAACUUCACGUACGGAAGUAAAGACCUCGACCAAUUCAUCGCCCCGGAACAGCUUCUCAAGGAGCUCGGUGGCGAAGAGGACUGGGACUACACCUAUCUCGAGCCUGUACCCGGCGAGAACGACCUCAUGAAGGACACGGAGACGAGAGAUCGCAUCCUCAAGGAGCGGAAAGAGCUCGCCUCGCAGUUCGAGGUGGCAACACAGAAAUGGAUCAAGGCCGAGGGCACCCAGGCCGAGGAGCUCAAGGAUGAGCGCAAUCGCCUGGCCGCCGAGCUUCGAGCCAACUACUGGAGGCUCGACCCGUACGUGCGCGCACGGUGUGUGCUCGACCGUCAAGGCGUGAUCCAGGGCGGCAAGCCGGUGGUGUGGUAUCCGGACGUGCGAGAAGAGACGGCCGUUGAGGAGAUAGACACCAAGGAGAAGGCUACCGUGAAUGCGGCCCCGGCCACCGUCGCGGCACCAUCGGCGGCGGCUGCGUGAGGCUAACGAAUACCACAUGAAUUUGAUGUAUGUAGACA